UUUAGUAUACAAAUGGCAAAAACACUGAUAUAUGACAGUUAACAUAUUAUACGCACGGUCUGCCCAUUUGUAUGUAGUGUGGAAUUUGGACCAUUUGGACACAGCAGGUGACAAUCUGCUGGUGUGAGAAGGAAGUGACGUGGCCACCGGCUGUUUGCUGGUAUUCAGUGUGCCAGGUGAUAUCACUGAGUUUAAGGAUUGUCAACCAACUGUUUAAUCCUCCUGCCCUUUUCUUUAACAUCUGUAUAUGUUAACAAAAGUUUGUGUUAGCAGGUAGCUUCUGUAAAUGUCUAAUGAAUCUUUAUUGACACCGCAGUUCAUUGACAGGAGAUACCCACACCAAAUAUUGUAACGUGAUUCUGUUUUUCCUGUUCCCUUUUAAUAAUUCAUCUUAAAUGUUUAGGCCUGUUCUGUUUAUGGUUUACAUAGGGCUGUUUUAUAUCAUAACAUUUUGUAUUUUUUAUUCCACAUUCAGUCGGUCUGCUCAGCAAAUCACGGCUGAGACGGGAGGAGAUUAAAGAGGGUUCAAAAGAGUUUCCUUUCUCUAUGUGUUUACAUUCCAGCUGUCUGGACUGUUAAUCAGCCACAGCCAACAUUUAAUACUAUUCUUAAUACACAUGUAAUACAUGGUUUUAAUUGCUUAAUGCUCCUUUUUUACAUGAUAUAUUUAGUUUCAGGGCAUUAUGUGAGGUAUGGUAGACAUAAUUUAUGACUGGCACUUUUACAGUCUUCAAUAAAAGAGGUGUAUAUUUUUAUUUUCAUAAUCGUAGUAUGACUUUAAGAAAAUUAUAAAGAUUUUAUUUUGAUAACCAUAUGAGAAUAUAUUAUAAUUCAAUAAAAGCUCCUACAGGACAGAUUUCAAUAUCACAUCAGUGUCAUUUUAAAUGAAACUGUUAAUUGUCCCUAUUACCCACAUAUUGUUGUACCUUAGACACGGCUGUAUUUCAGAAAUACUGAAUUCAUGUACCCGUGUCUCACUUCAAAUCUUAUUAUAAUUUAGAUUUUUUAACGGUCAUAGUUGUGUACAUUUGAUUUCCCAACAUAAAGCUCUAACUGCUGUUUCUAACCCCGAUUGAUUGGGAAGUAUAGUAUCUCAGACUUUGUCUUAAAGUAUAAUGAAAGAUGAAAAACAUAUAUGGAAUUGCCCUUUAAAUGUAUCACUUUAUCUUAUUCUUGCUAUUAUAUACUGUUUAUAUUAUUAAUAUGUAUGCCAUGUGUACGUUUUAGUUAGAGAAUGCAAACUAACCCACAUACACAUCAUGUUGUAUUCCCUACUUCCUCUCAGAACUUUUUCACCAUGGUAUGUUCACUUGAAAUCACAGGCAGUGAAACAAAUGUUCUUCAUCAGAAAUAAGUUUAUGAGUCAGUUCUGCGGUUCAGUAAAUAAAAACAAAUAUAAUCUUCAAACGAAUGGAAACACAAUGUUGUGUUGAUAUUAUAUUGAAAGUGUGAUGAUUGCCUGUACAUAGAUGAUCAGGCUCCUGUCUGUGUGUAGCUAUGGGUAUCAGCCACAGUGUGUCGCUUCGGCUCCGCUCGUGUUCUUUCGGCAGUCUCCGCUGCAUCUCUUUCCUGACUUCAUGAAAAACAAACAGCCGAGCAGCCGUCCUCUCUCCGGAUUUGUCCGCCGGGUUCCCUGACGUUUCCUUAAAUGUCCUAAAUACUCUUGAUUUUUACCGGUCAUUGUUAGCGGGUCCCGUGUUUGCGGCUCCUCUCCGGCUCGUCCCCGGCUCGUCCCCGGCUCGGCUCCGCUCGGACCCCGCUCUGCUCGUCCACACUCGGCUCUUGUCGUCAGGCGGAAGAAUGGACGAGGCGGACUCGGCCACGAAGGCACUCGGGCUGGAUGAACCGCCCAUCGGCAUGCAGCCGGUGGACGGCUCGGAUACCGAGUCGGAGGCCGAAGUCACCACGAUGGCUGUGAUGGGCGAACCGGGAAACAUCGACAUGGGAGCCGAGUCCCUGCCGAACCCAGACGAGGCCGAGGCUGCAUUUGCAGAGGUGACGGCUGUGACGGUGGCAGACGUUCAAGCGGAGGACAAUGUCUUUACCACAACGGUUGCCACAUCAGGAAGUCUCCCUGAACACAUGCUGAGUGGAAGGACUACCCUCCAGCUGAGUGAAGGUCUUAGUACCCAGAAGGCCACUUUGAUUGUGGUUCACACUGACGGCAGCAUUGUGGAGGCUGGCCUCAAGUCUGCUGCUGCCAUCGCAUCAGGCCCACAGACUCCGCCCACCCCUUUGACUCCACCCCAAGAGAAAGACUCGUGUUCCAAGUACAACUGGGACCCCUCGGUCUACAACAACGAGCUGCCGGUCCGCUGCAGGAACACUAGUGGAGUCCUCUACAAGAGCCGACUGGGAUCAGGUGGUAAAGGUCGCUGCAUCAGACACAACCAGCAGUGGUACACUCCCACUGAGUUUGAAGGUCUGGCAGGAAGAGCGAGCAGCAAAGACUGGAAGAGGAGUAUCAGAUACGCUGGCAGACCUCUGCUCUGCCUCAUACAGGAGCGUAUCCUGAACCCCCACGCGGCGUCCUGUACCUGUGCAGCCUGUUGUGAUGACCUGACAGGAGUAAGUCAGCAGGACUGGUCCUGGUCCUGGACAACCUGCAGGUCCAGGGAAGAGUUUAGCUCAGGAAGCAGAGUCAAGGAAGAAGAUCGUGUUUUUUCAUGUCCAAAGGAAACAGACUCCAUGGCCGCUGAAAACAUCAGUAUGACUGGUCCAGUCCGCCUCUUCGUCCCAUACAAGAGACGGAAGAAGGAUAAUGAGCCUCCGAUCACCCCUCCCAAAAAGGAACUUCCAGCCACCAAAAACAUCACACUGGCCCCGGGCACAACAUUCACGGUGUCUCCGUCAGGACAGUUCACCACCUCUGGUACCUUGACCUUUGACCGGACUCAAGCAGGCGACGCCACCGCCGCUGCCGCUGCUGCCAUCAUUUCAGAAGGCUCAGCGCAGAGCGAAGUGUUCGCCAGCACAGCAGUGCUGACGGCGUUGCCGGCACUGGCCAUGGCUCCUCAGCCGGUUCAGGCCAAGAUGACGGUGGCGACUGCGGCGUCCCCGUCAGCAGGGCUGGUGAGCGGGCUCGAAGUGGGGCCCGUUGGAGGGGCGGGGCCAUCGGUCAGCGAGGGGCAGAAGAACACCUGGCUGUACCUGGAGGAGCUGGCCAACACACUGCUGAGCAACGUCCAGCAGCUGAAGGCUCUGAUCGAACAGGCCAAAAACUCUCCAGGGGACAUGGCAGGGAUCAAAGGUCAGGGAGGCAGGAAGGAGUGUGGACUCAGUCAGUCAUUUCAGAACCAGAACUUGUUUCAUCAGCCGGACGACUCAGAGGCCAAGAGGAGCACUGAAAUCACAGAGAUCAUCAUCAAUCAGAUGUGUGUGAACUGUGGGCGGGUGGCGAUGAGUGAGUGUACAGGCUGUCACAAGGUCAACUACUGCUCCACGUUCUGUCAGAGGAAGGACUGGAAGGAUCAUCAGCACACCUGCUGUCAGUCAGCAGGGGGCGUGGCUGUUCAGGAGGAGCCAAUCACAGCCAUGGACAUGGACAAAGUGAAAUGAGGUGUAACCCGCAAUGUUCAUGAAAACAUGAGCAGAGAGGUCAUGUGACAGGAAGCUCUCAUGUGGGCAAAGAGGAGACUUUUCUGAACAUAUCUGUGCUGAAGACUUUAAAUCUCCCUUCUGGAACUUUUAUUGUGAAAGUUCCUCCUCAGACGACAUGAAAAGGAGCUCUCUGAUCUUCUGGGAGCCGAGCUUGUUGUAUAAAAACUGCAAUGACUUGGAAGUCGGGUGUGUUCCCCAUUCACUUCAAUAUGGUCAGAAUUUGUUCACAGCAGUCUCUGGUGGACAUUAGAGGAACUGCAGCACUUCAUCACACUUCAUCACACACUGCACAUGAAGGUGAUCUGAACUCAAUUAAUAUUUCAGUAAAGGUCAAAGCAUUAAUUUACCACCAGCAUAACAUGUUUCAUAAAGUAAGGUAAGAUGGUAAAAAGGGUUAGGGCUGGAACUAACUAUUAUUUUCAUUAUCGAUUAAUCUGGCAAUUAUUUUCUCAAUUAAUUUACUUAAUUAUUUUAUUAUUAUUAUUAUUCUUAUCUUCGCUCAGUGACUGUUAUCUCUCUGUUGUUUUACGAAACAUUGUUUUUGCUGCCCUUUUAACUGUUGUUAAGCAGAUUUAAAUCUCCAGAGACCGUCCUGGAUAAAUAAAGGUCCAACACAUCAAUAAAAUAAAAAAUGUUAUUAAAUUAACCCCUCCCAACCCCGUCCAAUACUUAGAGAUGCAUUAUCUGUCGUCUAUUAAUGGUAUUGUUGCAUUUAUUUUUUCUUCCAGCUAAAACAGGGGUCAGCAACUUUUAUUAUCAAAAGAGCCAUUUCUGAGUCCACCCAAAAACAUAAAACAUCUGUCUAGAGCCGCAAAACAUAUUUGAGCCUUAUAAUGCUAAUUCCUCGCCACAGAGCAAGCGUACCGGUCAGCCAGCAGCGUUGGUGAACGCAAAUGAAUCGCUCAACACGCUAUUAAACUCUUUAUUUUCCUUCAAGACUUUUCUUGUUUUGGAUUUGGAGUCAAUAACUAGCCUAGUUAGGGAGACACUGCUACUGAGGUUCAGCAAAAUAUAGAGGAAAAGGCGCAUGGUCAGGAUGAAAUGUAUGACCACAUUUUAGCUGAUGAACAUUUAUUUAUUCGGUGUGUAAUUGCUACACAUUUUUACAAUUGGAGAAUGUUAGAAUGAAUUUGAGCCUUAAACAAUGAAAAUAAAUAACAAGGAGCCACUGGAGAGGGCCUCUGGGGCUAAAACAAUUGUUUUUAUUUUCACAGUAUGUGGAAGUUUCAGUUUAAGUCUGUUUUAUUAUCUUGUGUACAAGAUUAAAUCUUCAUCUCUCAGGA